GAGGGUCAGUAGAAAGUCCAGAGCAGAGCAGAUCGGUAACGAGCUGAACGGAGCGUGAGCUGUGAAAUUUCCUUUCUUUUCCAUCCAAUGUGCAAUUUGCAAAAGUUUUGUGUCAAUGCCAAAAAUUAGCCACACGGAUUCCAAACAAAAAUUGUUGAAGCAAGCAAGAUUGGGCAAACAUCUGUCAUCGAAAAAAGGAUCACGUACUGGAAACUCGGCCAACAACAAGGAACUUAAAGUACUCACCCUGUUGCAAACUGUACCGUGAACUUUGACUUCUCUACAAACGCAUUGGAAGCGCAGCUUUGUGUAAUCGGCAGAAAAUUGUACCUAUUCAAAAAGAAGGAAGCUAUCUAGAUCUAGAGACAAAAUGGUCUACACCGAACGUACCGACAAGUGCCUGAGCAGCACCACAAAGGACAACCAGUCCACGAAGGGUCAGAACCACUCCAAGUCGAGCAGCGGCUCUGGAUCGGGUUCGGGAUCAGGAUCGGGAUCUUGGAGCAGUCAAGCAUCGAGUGCUGACAAGUGGAAGUACAACAACAUGGUGAAAACCGAUCGCCAGCAAUUCAAUGGGAUGCAUUUCUCCUAAAUGCUUUAGUAGAUCCCAUUGAAAUGUUCCUCUAGGAAUGUGGUGAUCCUUGAGAAACGGGGAAGCUGGGGGCUGAUAACGUUGUUAUUUCUAUUUGGUUCAGCAGGGCCGCUUUAGGUUAGUUUUGUAAGCCAUUUUAUAGACUUAUUCAUUGCUAUGUGAUAAAAGAAAAGAAAUCAUUAAUCAAUCAAUUGGCUAAAAAAUUAAAUCAGAAGAAGAUGCGCCAAAAAAAUGAGAUUUUUAAUGGUGGUGAGAAAGUAUCUCGGGAAUCAUAAUUUCUAACUCAACCUUUAAACUUAAAGCCCAGAAUGUUAUUUCAUUCAUUUACCAUUUGAGAGCCAACCCCAAAUGCAAUCACCUAACAAUAUUCAUUGCCAUUUGACCUUGCUGUUUGACUCGAAUUGACUUGACUGAUACCCAACGCAUAUUUUAUUGUCUGCAGCAUUUGCAUGAAUUGCGGCUAUUAGCGUGAUUAAGCCAACUUCUCUAUUGGGCCAUACGGACAACCCUCGAUGAAUCCGGACGGAGAGCACUUAAUACGCAUUAGACACGCUUAUUUGACAGCCUCAAUCUGCCGAGCGAUUCCUGCAAUAUUGAUGAUGUCUGGCCAUCCCCUUUUCCUUUCGAUUUCCCCCGCUCUUUCCAUCUGUGACGCGUGUCCUUUGCCGACAACAAGUGUAUCUCCCAGUGCAGCCGCAAGAGGACGACGUCCGGUUUUCGCUACGAGAAUUCGUUCGACUGUAUAUUUCUGGAAAGUGCGAAAUUUUUAUAAUUUUUCAAUUGUAUUGUUUGCCGGGCUGGGAAGCAUUUAUUUUGCAGCGGGAGUGAGAAGGAUGCUGCGGUUGUCCUUCGGUCGUGACACACGACUGAGCAGGGGACUCAAGCUUCGCAGGACACGUGGCACUUGGCUAUUAGAAAAAGCGAUUUCCUUGACGGUGCUAAUAGAAUUCUCGCACUCUCCGCCAGUCCCAUCCCGGCGUCAAAGAAUAAAUGUUGUGGCGUUUUCGGGUUUUCCUUUCCGGGAGCCAGCUGUCAAUGUCCUUUACACGGAGAAAAGUUAAGAACACGAUUUACAACUUAUUUCAAAUCAUUUCGAUUUUGAACUGCUAUUAUCAAUUUUAAGUAUAUAAGUAAAAAUAUGGAUAUGCAUUUCUAUAUCAUUCAAUAUAAAUUCACACACCAUGAUUUUUCUAAGUGAAACUCAUCUAGUCGAGUCCUGCCACUCCCUUUGCCUCCGACUCAACCCAUCUGCUUGGGCUUCUGUCUGUACUGGGCCUUGUAAUUACUUUGUUUCCUAGCGCCAGGCGGUCCUCAGCACCCAAAAGAUUCCUUGUCACUUUUGGUGUUGUGCGAUGCAAUUAAAACCGCUCCGCAGGUGUCCUUUGAACUUUGCUACGAAUAUAAACUGUGUCUCAGCCCGAGUUUGCUCACUGGUGUGGAAUGUGUCAGUUGCAAGGCUUCCGAAACGGGACAACGCUCUCUGAUUUAUCAGACAGAAGCAAUUAUCACGUCAUUAUCAACGAAAACCCACAAAAAUUGUGGGUGCUGUGAUUUUUGUUUUAGUAAU